AUCAGUGUGGACAUAGUUCACCUGAUGUUAACCUCGUGGCCGGCCCUUUGAUGUCCCGAAGUCCAAGAUGUCACGACUCACUGGAAGGUCAAAUGCCCCGCCUCUCGGGUUGUAGGAAUCCUGUAUCAUCAGGGUGUUAUUCCCCCUCAAAGGAACUCCCAAGGGGCAAUAUGGUUUGAUUGCACAAUUUCAUCAUUCGACUUUUCCUUAUUAAAAAAUUGUAUCGCAAAACAGAAUGGCGACGCGAGCGAGGAUGAAUGUGCAAGCAUUCCCGCGGCCACCUCUGUUAGAGAAGAUAUCUCGUCAUUUACGAAUUGUGUGGAACGGCUCAGUGAUUGCGGAAACUCGAGAUGCCUAUUGGGUUCUGGAGACACAUCACCCUCCAACGUACUAUUUACCACCAGCGGCUUUGAAGGUACCGCUUACCCCGACCCGACGAAGCACAUACUGCGAGUGGAAAGGUGGAGCUACGUAUUAUACAAUCACAGCUCCUAAAGCUUCGUCUGGAACAUUGCCUGAGGUGGUCUCUAAUCGAGUCUGGUCUUAUGAAUCACCGACACCCGGGUUCGAGGCGAUUAAGGGCUACUUAUCAUUCUAUGCCGACCCGUGGAGUUGCUUCGUCGACGGCGAGGCAGUUCAGCCACAGCCGGGCGACUUUUACGGAGGAUGGGUGACUUCAGAGAUCGAUGGCAUCGUAAAGGGAGCCCAUGGCAACUGGGACCCUGUGGUGUGAUAUUCAAACAACAGUUAUGACGGAGGCGAGUCGGUUGUUGUGGACGGCGAC